CUCGCUCGCAGGCAGUGACUGUCUCGUGUGUGCCACUUGGUUUUCUAGCUUUAUUUCUUGUUUGUAAAAGAAGCAUUGAGUAAAUGUUGAUGCAGAUAGAAAACAGUUGAACUGCGCAGAGAGUUCAGCUCAGUCGAAGCAGGAGCAAGGAGAGGGCAGAAAGCGGAGGGAUCGGUGUCGCUUCUAUUAUGCUCCAUUCGCUCAAUAUUUGCCAACCUAACCGAUCGGAUCCAUGGUGAAGAGAAAGAAGACGUCGCCCGGCACCGAAGAAUACGAAAAUGGCAUGACACCGGGCUCCAGGGAGGGGAUCGGUGUCGAUGGGAGGAGGAAUCCGUCCAGAAAGCCCGACGGCUGCGACGAGGAGGAGAGCGGAGAGCAGGCGAGCGAGGAGCGCAGUACAAAGGGAGACGACGGAGUGGAAAUUCUUAAUCCAUCAGCCACGGCGCUCAGCCCCGGUUCAGCCCCGGUGCUCCCCGCCUCUCCGCCGAACCGGACCGGGCCAGGCUCGACCCCGCAGUCCCAGACCUCCGCGGAGUCCGCAGCUCCGUGUCACGACCAGCAUCAUUUUCUCCGGUCGAGCGUUCGACCUCCGAGCAAGCGCAUCCGGAAGGAUUCCAUCGGCUCAGCCAUCAAUGGACACGGCGUGGCGAAGUCGAAAGGCGCAGAGAAUGGCUCGUCCUCCCAGGGUGCAGUGGGGCAGUCGGGACCGAUGGCCAGCUCCGCAGGAGGAGUGUCCAAGGCCUCCAAAGGCCAAGGGUCUGCUGAGAAAGAGGAACAAGCCGGCAACCAGAAAAGGGCCCGUCGGCAGUGGGAGUCUUGGAGUGCAGAAGACAAAAACAGCUUCUUUGAAGGACUUUAUGAGCAUGGGAAGGAUUUUGAGGCCAUCCAGAACAACAUUGCAAUGAAGUACAAGAAGAGAGGGAAGCCAGCUAACAUGGUGAAGAACAAGGAGCAAGUCCGCCACUUUUACUACCGCACCUGGCACAAGAUCUCCAAACACAUUGACUUUGCCAACGUGUACUCCCGAGUUCUGAAGAAAUCCUCCCAAGAACUUUAUGGUCUCAUCUGCUAUGCUGAGCUCCGCAAAAAAGUUGGGGGAUUAAUGGACGAUAAGAACGUGGCAAAGCUGAAUGAACUCAUCCAGCAAGGGGCUACCACCGUGCGCUCCAAAGGGAGGAACUUGCGAAUUAAAGCACCCAUGUGCCGUGCACUGAAGAAACUCUGUGACCCUGAUGGAGUGAGUGAUGAAGAGGACCAGAAGCCAGUGCGUCUACCCUUGAAGGUGGCAGUAGAGCUUCAACCACGCAGUAACCACUCCUGGGCCCGCGUUCAGAGUCUAGCCCACAAUCCUCGCCUCAGGAUGGUGGUUGAGCUCCACAGGAAAGUUUCCAGUCUCAUUGACUAUCUGAAACAGAAGUGGGCGCACCAGGACCAGCGCAUUCUUAAGAGUCUCAUGGAGAGAGAGGCUUUGGAGGGCAGCCAGUCCAGCACAUCCUCUCCUAGUAAAUCACAGCCUGAUGAACUUUUUCUUCUCCCUGCGGAGAGCAGCACCCUGACCAUGAUGCCUGGUGUGGCACGCGUGGUUCACUCCAAGGCCUCCUGCACCGUACACUGGCUGGAGAGUGGCAAGAACCGCCCUAAUUCCAAGGAAUUACCAGCUGCUCAGAUCCUAGGCAUCCACACGGCUCCACCGCCUCGGACUGGCACCAAAUCUGGACGUGGAAGUGCUUCUACUGCUGCCACUGCCUCUGGAGCUGGUGCUUCAGUGACUGUAUUGGGCGAUAUUCGUCGGACUGAACCACUUAACCCUGAAUCUUCACCAGACAAUUCUGCAAAAGUAGCAGAGGAGAAGAGACUUCUGUCUGUUUCUGUCACUGCCUCCUCUCAGCAGACUGUGGUUCCCAUGGAAGAGGGAACUGGGCUGGGACCCUCUGAGGGGGACAAGACCUGUGCUAGUGUGGAGGCCAGUGGUGGAUUAGCAGUGAUCAAAACCACAGAGAAGUUGUGUAGUGGUGUAGAGAGCUCAUCUGAGCAUUGCAAGGAGGAGCAGAACACCAGUGCUUCUUCCCCUGAGGCCAACCAGACUCCUCCAGCCAAAACUCUGAUGACUGGCUCAGAGGAAGGAGUGUUGCAGGGCUCUGCACCAGCAGCCAAAGAGCGAACUAUUGAGCAGAUCAGAGAGGAAGGCUGGAGUGCCCGUGACGCAGAGAACGUCACCCUGGCUGAGCUGUACUUGAUGUUUGGAAAACCUGGCAAGUUACAGCUUGAAUACGAGUGGCAGCCUGUGGCAGCUCCUUCUAACAACCAAGAAAAUGGACAAGCCUUGGCUCAGGCCAAGCCCAACAGGACACACCGCGUUUUGCGCUGCCUGCUCAAACUGGUUACCACUGAGGUCAAUCCUAAACCUUUGGCUCCAGAGCUGUGCUCGACUGCCACCUCACCGCUCAAGACCCAUCAAGAGGAGCAGAACCAGGCACUCACACCUCCAGGAAAGGGGCUCUUAACAGGUGUUCGCAGCCCCAGCUGUGGCCGGCAGCAGGCGUCUGUCCGAGGGGCCCGGUUACACCCGGGAAAUGCUGGAGCCUCAGGCGGACGGAGCCUUCCCCGCUCUCUGCUGGGGUCGACAGCAGGCUGCGACUCUGAGGGAGGUGUGUUUGCGGUACCCACCACGCUCCCCCCCAACAGCUCGCGCCACAACAGAAUGUUCUCCCCCAACAAGGAAGCAGAACUAGCCUUUAGACAGCAGCUGGACUCUAUCAGUAUGCAGUCGGAUCUCUUCCUUUCCAGACAGAGAAAACCUCGGAACAGGCAACUCCGCAAACCCCUUGUAGUUCAGCGGACACUGCUGCCUCGAACUACAGGGGACACUCCUCAGCAUGUCUGCUCCUUCUCCAUCCUCUCCAACUCCUCUGCCACAGGAACUGGAUCUUUCCGGCCAAUCCAUACUCGCCUUGCUCCUUCCCCCCGCCCUCCCAUUUCCAAGGUCUCCCCUGCAGCGCCCAGCUCUGCAGCAGCCAGCCAACUCUCCAGUGCCAUCGACCUGGCAGCUAAGUCUGCAGGCAUCAUCCCUGGCAGCCCCUGUCGGAAUCUGGAUUCUCCCACUGUCGAUAAUGGCACUUUGCUCGCCACCGCACCUAUUACUGAUCCUGAACCAGACUCUGAGCUCCUCCAGGAAAAUGUCCCAGAGCAGAAUGGUUUGCCUCCGCCAUCUCCUGGAGCGACUGGUGGUGGAGACUCACUCCUCUCUCCACCCAGUGUAGCCUCGCUCCUGGACAUCUCGCUGCCUGGGCCCCCAGAGGAGGCUCUAGCCCCCGGAGAACCUCAAACACACAUCAGUGACUCCAUCAUCGAGCUCGCCAUCAACUCUGCCCACUACGGUGGUGAGGAGGCAGCGCUCUCUCCAGCCAAGCUGAGCAGCAACGAUGGCUCCAAACUUUUGGCCUCUUCUCCCUCAGUCAGCCCGUCCCGAGGCUGGAUCCCAUCACCCAGCCAUGACCCCCAGUGGUACCCCAGCGACUCCUCUGACUCCACACUGGGAUGCCUUCUCUCCAGUAUGGUGUCCCCCGAUAAAGGGAGGCGGACCACGCUCACCCCCUCUGGCCCCUCCAGUGGCACAGCUUUGCUUGGUCCUAGCCUCCUGGACUGCAACUCCCAUGAUUCCUUUCAGUCCCGUGGUCUUCCUGAUGUGGCAGAGAUGGACUCUCAGCUUGCUUGUAUGAUGAGUGAAAGCAGCGUGGACUACAUCGCUCGCUUCAACGACCUGGCUCAGGAGCUGGCUGUGACCGAGCCCUCCAUCCCGCCACCCUGAAGAAAAGAGAGGACCACCAAACCAGGGCCAUCUGGAGGACGAGUCCCCGAGUCCCCCCAAUGUCAAGACUGUUGUUUCCUCUGUCGCUUCUACACUGUAGAAAAGGCAGUUGUGGAGAAAAGCCCCUAUAAGCAGUCCCUGCCCUGUUUGUUAAAGUGCAAUAAUAACAGUGAACCUUGACCAUUGUUCAAAGUUAAAAAAUGCAUUGGUUUCACUGGACUGUUCUCUAAGGUGAAAUGCCCUUUAAAAACAAACACUUAAGAAAAUGAAAAUGCGUUUACAAAACACAACCUCAUGUACAGGAAAAUACAAUGCCAUAUCUGAACAAAAUAUUUUCACUGAACUUAUGUCUUCUCCUGACCUUUGAGUGUGUGCGUGCGUGUGUGUGUGCGUGCAGUGUGUGUAUUUCUGUCAUCUUCUCUCUCAGAUCGACCUCCAAAAUGUGUAAAUCCUCCAAAAUGUGCAGUUCAGAUCCCAGCUGGUGGCAGACAGCUGCCGGAAGGCGAUUUUUGAAAGUGGUGGCAGUGAGAAUAUUCAGUCGUCACAGCAGCAAAAGUGGAGCACGAACACAGCCGAGCAGAAAGACGUAGAGUCCUCUGCUCCUGCCCUACAUUUGACAUGCUCUUCAUCGCAGCCAGUUCAGGUAUUAUCGGUUACGUUUUAGGAGUAGAGCCUGCUGUGUUUGUUUGGAGUCAGGUUUCCGUUUAUGGAAGCCACGUGCAAAAUGGCAGCUUCUGUCGCUUAAAUACAAGCAGUUUAAAUUUCAUCAACCGAUGCCUCAUUACAUUUUCAUACAUUUUAAUGUUUCGAGAUUAUAAUUACGAAAAACAGCCUUUAGGUUUGUUUGUUGUUCAACAACAACAACUUCAUUCUUCACAUAUUAAACUUUCAGCUGCAGUUUCUAAUUUUUUUACAUAUUAAUGAUAUACUCAGACAUUGCAGUUUAAAUAACUAGGCAGCGUUUUGACUCAACUACAGAUGAAGUAACAUUGCUCAUGUUUCUGUUAAUAUCACACUCCAGUUGAAAUAAGAAGUACAUUGUGUAAUCAAACUUUUAAGCUGUAGUUGACACUCCACUCAUUCUAACUUUCGCAGUCCCGAUUAAAACCCUCUGACUGAACAUCGUCCAUUGAUGAGUAUUGACACUGAACACUGGGUAAUGUCAACGUUUCUCUAAACACAUCCACCAUCGCUCUAACCUCAGGCUGCUCUGAACCUCUUUUUUGAUUUACUCCGUUGAUGUAGUUUCGCUGUUGUUCAGAGAGACUACAAAUGUACCAUGUUAACUCCGACUUUGAAUUUCAAUUACCAGCAUCAUCAUUAUGCAGUAUUGAACACAUAUUGCCUCAUCAACAUGUUUUAACUUCGUCUCUGUUAGUGUGAAUUGUUGGAGAAUUGUUGGUCAUUCCACAAAUUGGAUUUUAAAAAAUGUCGGUCUCCUUCAGGCACCUCGACGGCUUUGACUCUACGUUUUAAAACCUCUUGUGGCGAUCCUUUGUUAGAGACGUUUGAAAAAGGUUUAAUCUCCUCACACCAGAAAAGAAACGACGAAGAUGUUCUUCAUGAAGAAAUAAACAGCAGGUUUUGUCUUUGAAUCUGGCUUUUUUUGUUUUGUUUAAGGAUUUAUUUGUACAAAUGGCAAUUCCAGUAUUGACUGUGCUUUUGUAACAUAUUGUAAAUUGUUAUUUGGACUAUUUAUUGGUAACAUUUCUGAAAAUGUUUUCUGUUUAACUUAAUAUUAAGACGACAUCUAAAAAGGAAAAAACCUGUUGUUUAAAAUGUUCCGUUUGUAAAAGGUGUUUUUAUUCUCUGUAUAAAGAUAGUUAUAAAAUCAGCUCAUGGUUUCUUGUAUUCAUUGUGUUUAAUUUGUGAUCAAAGUUCAAAUGUUACGAUUUACAGAGAAGCAUGUGGCCUUUGGGUCAAUCCCUCCACCGAGGUCGUAACGUUUUCAUUCAGCCGAAUGACACAAAAUCUACUCAACCGAUUUCCUUGAAACUUCAGCAAAUUUUGACAUUAUAAUUUCCCAGAGAAUCAUUCGUGAAUCUUGAUGAAAAUAAUCAGGCAAUUUGAGAGUGAUAUCUAUGUAUGUGUGCAAAGUAAAUUAAUUAAAUUCAAUUCAAGGGGAAUGUUGGGCCUUGGUUAUCAAAGUUAAGUUUUGUCCUCUUUUCCAGAGUAAGCUGAGUGGUUUCUCUGCAUUAAAAAAAA